GAGCCUGGGCGGGGCGGGAGGCGGAGGCGCCGCGUAGGCCGGCGAGGCUGGGCCCGCCCGGCUGGGAGCUCAAACCCCAUGCGCCGCCGCCUCCCCCCACGAUGUUCCCCUCCCGGAGGAAAGCGGCGCAGCUGCCCUGGGAGGAUGGCAGCACUCCCUCUGCUGUGUGACCUGUGCUGGGGCCACAGAUAGGAGUCUGAUUACCGGUAGGGAAGACCAGCAGACACACAGUUGAUCACAAAACUCGAGUCUUCCAAAGAGGGAAGUACCAGAUGCCAUGGAAACACAAAAGAGGGCUCAGGUCCAGGUUGCUCCCUGGCAGCCUCCCCCGGAAAUGCUCCGUCUUCCACCUCUUCGUUGCCUGUCUCUUACUGGGCUUCUUCUCCCUGCUCUGGCUGCAGCUCAGCUGCUCUGGUGACAUGGCUCGGGCAGCCAGGGGACAAGGGCAAGAGACCCCAGGCCCACCCCGGGCCUGCCCGCCAGAGCCACCCCCUGAGCACUGGGAAGAAGACCCAUCGUGGGGCCCCCACCGCCUGGCAGUGCUAGUGCCCUUCCGUGAGCGCUUCGAGGAGCUUCUGGUCUUUGUGCCCCACAUGCAUCGCUUCCUGAGCAGGAAGAAGAUCCCGCACCACAUCUAUGUCCUCAACCAGGUGGAUCAUUUCAGGUUCAAUCGGGCAGCGCUCAUCAACGUGGGCUUCCUGGAGAGUGGCAACAGCACGGACUACAUCGCCAUGCAUGACGUGGACCUGCUCCCUCUCAACGCGGAGCUGGACUACGGCUUCCCCGAGGCGGGUCCCUUCCAUGUAGCCUCCCCAGAGCUCCACCCGCUCUACCACUACAAGACCUACGUCGGCGGCAUCCUGCUGCUCUCCAAGCAGCACUACCAGCUGUGCAACGGGAUGUCCAACCGCUUCUGGGGCUGGGGCCGUGAGGACGACGAGUUCUACAGGCGCAUCAGAGGAGCCGGGCUCCAGCUAUUCCGCCCCUCAGGAAUCACAACUGGGUACAAGACAUUUCGCCACCUGCAUGACCCGGCCUGGCGGAAGAGGGACCAGAAGCGCAUCGCAGCUCAAAAACAGGAGCAAUUCAAGGUGGACCGGGAGGGGGGCCUGAACACUGUGAAGUACCGCGUGGAUUCCCGGACAGCACUGUCUGUGGGCGGGGCCCCCUGCACUGUUCUCAACAUCAUGUUGGACUGUGACAAGACUGCCACCCCCUGGUGCACAUUUGGCUGAGUUGGCUGGACAGUAAGGAAGCCAGUACCUACAGGCCGCACUGCUACUCAGGCCCUGGACAAAGCCUCAGGGCCGUGGCCCAGCUCCAAUAGGAUGAAGCAGUGGACAGCAGGCCGUGUGUUUGCAGCAGCCCGGCCCCCAGAGCAGGCUUGCACCAGGCAAGACAGGACACACAGGGUGUCUGGGACACUGCUAGCAAUAAACAGUGAUGGAGAGAGCCUGGGACGUGGCUCCCAACUGGUCCUCUCCCCUCUUCUGUUUGCCCUGUUCUGCCCUCCUUUACCUGCUGAGACCUGCGGGCUUUUGUCCCUUCUCCCGGACCACGUCAUGCAGAUACGGUUUGGAGGUCAGGCUGCUGACAUAGGCGGCCAGGGCAACCGGGAGGGUUAAACUGCAGAAACCAGAGUGUGAGCCCCACAGAAAGGGAACAGCUGAGAGCAGCUUUAGCUCGUCUUCACUGUGCAGAAAGGAGCCUAGUGUUGCCGGAUAUUCUGAUUUUUCAAAAGAAACUAGAAUUCUGGAUUCUUAAGUGAAAUAAGUUAAUUAUUAAAUGAUAGCAACUAAUUGAAACUUGAAAAA